GUUUUCCUUAUUCUUCGUCGUACGUAAGAACUAAGCACGGUCCGUCACUCAGAUCAAAUAUUGAAAGGUUUUUCUGAGACUUUCUUAACAACAUUUUACAAACAAAAAUAUCAUCGUCCUGCAGCCGACUCGCGCGAAAGACUAUUAUCAUUACCAACACAAAUGGAAAAGAGCACGAGCAUGUCCUCGAACAAAGGGAAAAUAAUCCUCCUUGGUGCGUUCGCGACCUCGCGGCACCUUGGUGCGUUCGCGACCUCGCGGCACGGCGACCUCACGACCUCGCUCCAUUUUUUGUUACAACCAGACAACGCCUUCCGCCUGCCGCAGUUUUGCGGUGGUAGUUGAAGAGUCACCAACCAGUCCGACCAAAAUAGACUUUUGAAGAGAAAGAGAAGGAGUUCAUCCCCAAACUCGAGUCCAACGAUGAAGUUCAUCAAUAUGGCGAAGUUGAAAACGAGCAAGAUGGAGAAGAGUGGCAGACGGAUGAAAUUGAAGUUAUCGACGAUACAGAAGAGCUAGUGUUCGACGAAGGCCUGACCCAUUUCUUGAUAAGCUUGUAUCGAUUUGUCGUAGUUCAAGUUGUACCCUGUCCUGGUCUCAAUGGAAAUAUUUCUAGUACGGAGGAAGGAAGCGGAAGUAAGUAUUCUUGUACCACCAGUUUUAUCGAGAUAUUGUACGCUGCAGCGACAAUGAAAAACUGCGCGAAUUGUUGUUUCCAAACGGCCGGCCUGCGCCUGCGCAAUAUGCAACUUUGUCUCCAGAACAACAGCGCAUGCGGAUUCUUCUUCCCAUGAGUGGGAAGUUAUUGCCUGACCCAGUGGGCAGGCAUGAAGAACAUGAUAUAGAGUAGUUUGAGUUUAUGUUCUAUUGGCCCAUCGUCGCUACCAUCUUGCGACUUCCAGUCGACCGAUCCGACUGGGCGCUGCGUGGUUGGCUGUUGCAAGCUGAAGAGACCUCCGAGUCGAUCGCACGGCAAAGAUACGCAGAACGCGUUUUGCGCUAGUUUUUGUUGCCAUCGCCUGAGGAUUGCGAAGACCUCUCUUCGAUCCACGCUCUGGACAAACUUGUGCGACCCGCACUCCAGCAUCUAAAUGACUUUGAAAAGUUCGACUUUGAGUACGCUUUCACAGGGUACGAGAUUAACGCAGCCCUUUGCUCGCCCGAUGAGAUCGCAGAAUAUGACGUAUAUGUCCGGUAAACAACGGCCGCCUUUUUCCAGCGGGUCAUAGAUGUAUGCGAUCAAAAUGUGAAUGAAGUUUCUUGUUUUUCCAUCCUACUUGAGAGAGUCAGUCAAUGCAAUCGCUUCGGGACCAAGCUGUGCGAGAGGCAAUCAAAAGUAUCAGCAGGAUAAUAUGCCAGAACGAUGGAAAAUGUUGAAUGAUUCAUACGAAAGCACGCAAUUUGGCGCGCGAUCUACAGACACGCAAUUGAUAAGUGCCUGGAAUAUUUCCGGGCUCUGGUGAAGCGCAAGGUGAGUCGUUGUCUCGAUUCUCAUGGCGUAAAUCGGCUUCACCCUGACGCUCUGGUGCGAGCAGUAGACGACGAAAACCGUCGGCUUCAGGUGCUGGGGGAGUUCCUUAUUGGGCGAAGCGGAACCCACGAGGAUAUCACCCGAUUCAUUACGGUGGCCGAUGUCCCGCUUCAGACCAAUCUUGAGAUCCGUGUUGGCCUGGCACUCGUGGAACGAUAUUGUAACCAUUUUAUAGCCCCCCUCACCACUGCUGGACUGGAACGCUAUGCAGACAGCUUGAAUGCCUUCAAGCUAGAAGUCGAGGAAUCGUUCCAUUCGUUACGAGCACUUCUGUAAGCGAAGUUGCUUGGCGAAGCGCAAUUGACCGAAGAGACGCUCACUCCACGCUUGAAGCGUUUGCACAAUGUUAUUCAGCGAGAGUGGAACGCUCCAGAAGAUGCUGGCGCCGCACGAGAAGCAAGCACAACAGUCUCUAUGGCCGACAGUGCACCAGGACCUGCGUCCUCGUCUAGGAGCACACGGCGCAGCAGCAAACUAUAGUCAUUACCAACCUUUGCGGAAGCGAAGAACACGAGCAUGUCAUCGAAGUCAGCAACGAGGAAGAGGGCCUGCCUAGUGCUCCACGCACGAUUUGGCCGAUACGAGACCUAGCCGCCAAGGAGUUCAUCGCUCCUUUUUUCGAUACUAGUCUGGAGCUCGUGCCCACCGCCGGACCUUUACGUUGGCUGAAGCACCAACGUCGGGUCGAAAAGAAGACGAAUCUCGAGCAGUAAGAAAUAGUUAGAUGAAGACGAGGCAGUGGGGGUGGAAAUACCUGUUGAGAACGACGCGGAGGAACUUGCGUUUCGAGACGGGAUGGUGAAUGUCUACCGUUUCGUCGUAGUUCCGCGUCGUCCUCUGACAGAAGCCGAUCGACGAGUCAGGACCUUGCCGACGACUGAAGACGAGGCAGAGCUUUUCUUGCACAACGAAGACUAUCUCGAAGUCGUAAAAGGCUUUUAUUGGAGUGCGUCGCCACUGCAAGAGAACCACGAGAGCGCGAAAAAGGCGCAAGACCACAAUCAAGCAAGGCAACAACUGCUACGCCCUUUGUUGCUUCCUGAGAAUGAGCGACGUGCGGGACUUUUGCAGCCAGAUUGGGCGAGUCUGCGCAACGCGCGAAGUCCACGCGUCCUUCUGCCGCUGAAAAGGUUGCCACUGUGCUACCAAGCUUUCACAGUAACACUACGACUUUUCGGAGGGAUAGGGGCGUAUUGA